GAGCGCGUGGCGCCGCGUUACCGCGUGCGUGGUUUGGUGCAGCUGAAGGAGGAGAAGCCGGGUAUCGGGGCUCGAGUCCAGCGCUGAUCAUGUACUAUAAAUUCAGCGGCUUCACCCAGAGACUGACCGGGUCCGCGCUGCCCGCCGCUUACAGCCCGCAGGGCUUGAAGCCUGGUGUUCCCUCUGAAGCGCCAGUUAUGAUCUUUGCCACCCCAACCAAACUGGCUUCUGAGUCUGGAGCUUCUCUGGAGUACAUGGGUGCCAACAGAGUGCCAGAUCUUCAGAAGAUAUUUCAGACUCCAGAUGGGCUCCCAGUGCAUCUUAAGCGUGGUGUUCCCGACCGGCUUCUCUACAGGACCACCAUGGCCCUGACAGUCGGAGGUGCUCUCUACUGCCUUGUGGCCCUUUACAUAGCUGCACAGCCCAAGAAUAAAUGAACAACAUAUGCCCUCCUCUCAUCGACCUACAUCAGUGUUCAUGAACUUCACAGGGACUGAAUUAUUAUGAAUUAUUAUUGUACAGUAAUGUGCACUGCCUGGCCCAAAAAAGAUCACUUAAGCCACCAUUGGAUAAGUACUGCAUGGGUAUUAUUAUUUUUUUUUUACCCUAACUGAUGCAGUGAGUAGCUUUCCUUUUGUUAAACAAUUAUGUAGAGAGAUGCAGACUGCAGUCGUGUAAAAGAUCAUCUGUUUCAGAAUGGUCCAAAUAAUGGCUAAGGGGUUUUUUAAGGAGAAACUGCUAAAAUUAUCUUAAGAACUGUCCAACGCAUUAUUAAAAACGGAAGGACAGUGGGGAAACAUAUUCAAGAAAAGAAUGCGGUCAAAAAAAAAAAAAAAAUCAGCGAUCAAUCACAUGGUAGAAAAAUAACACUAGAGCUCAGGGAUAUAUUUAGUAGUGAAAGUAAGAGCAUGUCCACAUGCAUAUUACAAAGGGAACUCAAGGCGUUUUAAGACUAAACAGCUGUGUAGUCUUAAGAAAAGAACUUAUCAGUGAUUUAUGAUCAGUUUUUAUGGUCUGAUACAUCCAGAUUUACCCUUUUCCAGAGUUAUGGAGCAUCAGGGUAAGACAAGAAAAAGCUAAAGUGAAGCACUCAGCAUGCCUAGUGUCUACUGUACAAGCCUGUGAAGGGCAGUGCUAUGAUCUGGGGUUGAUGCUGCAGUUGGUCUGCAGGUUUAGGUUCAGCAACAGUAUGUGCUGAAAGAAUGAGGUCAGCUGACUACCUGUAUAUACUGAAUAUAGACCAGGUUAUUCAGUCAAUGGAUUUUUUCUUCCCUGAUGGCACGGCCAUAUUCCAAAAUGACAAUGUCAGGAUUCACGGGGCUGGAAUUGUGAAAGAGUUCAGGGUUCAGGGAGCAUGAGAUUAUCAUUUUCACACAUGGAUUGAGAGAUUUCACCACAGUGUCCAGACCUUUACCUCAUUGAGAAUCUUUGGGAGGGUCUCCCAUCUUCAAUACUCAAAGAUCUUGGAGUAAAAUAAAUCACUAGACAGAAGUAAACAUUGUGAAGUAGCAGAAGCUUGUAAAAAUGUUGCCACAGCGAUUGCAUACCAAAUAUCAGUGUGUGUGACCUUUUUUGGCCAGGCAGUUUAUUUAUCAUCACAGGGGUGGUGGAAGCGGCAGUCAGAAAAGGACCUCACUCUUGGCGAUAUCUCAGGUACCCCAAAAAAGGACGUUAAUACAAAGGGAUCUCAUACAUGGUUUUCUGUUAUUUUUUUUCUUAUUAUUUAUUUAUUUUGUGCAUCAUUACUUUUUAAUGCAGUUUAAUGCAAUUUCUGAACUGUGGAUUGUUCAUAAAAGUGGUUUUAAGUUAUUAAAAUUGAGUCGUUAAGCUGCUUUCACGCUGAAUGGUUAAAACUUGGUUGCGGCAGACAUGCAGGGUCAGAUAAAGUUCAAAUGGUUUCGUAUGCUUUGGCCAAGACUCAGCAUGGCCACUCAUAGGUAGAGUGCUGUCCACAGACCGUCAAACAUACUAGGAUACGAUAAAAUAUCACAAUACAUUGCACACGAUAAUAUUUGAUAUGUUUCAAAACAAUUCUCUACAAUAUUGGUAAAGAAAAUAAAAUACUCUAGAAUAUAAAAAUGUAGAUUUAUUGGUGUCAGUUUCACAGAAUUUGACAACCAAUAUUCUUCACUGCAAGUUGAAUUUGUAGACUAAUGAAGCGGUAACUUUAAGAAGUCCGAUUGGGGGACUUAUGUUUUGAUAAAAAUAUUGAUAGUUGCUGCCUGAUAUCAAUAUUAAAUGAUACAUUUGAAAUAAUACAGUAAAUCAUGAUAUUUUCAUAUAUUGUCCCACCCCUUCCACUUUGUCCCCCAGCCAGCGUUCAGUGUGAAAACAGCUUUAGAAAUCAACUUCUGCCUCAGUAGAAUAAGAGCUGGGCAAUAUGGUGAAAGUAUUGUAUCACGAUAUUUAAAGACAUUUGACAUUAGGGCUGCACGAUAUUGGAAAAAUUUUACAUUGCAAAUGUUCUUUUUUCAAAAAUCACUCAAAACCUGAAGGAAAACAGCAAAACAACAAUAAUGGACCCUUUAAUCAGGCAUUUAAAUUGCUUUUUAAAAGGUAAAUAAGAGAUUAAAGGGAUUAAAAGCGUGAAUUCAGCUGUAACUGGAAAUAUCUGCACAAAACUGUGCAACUUUUGCCGUGCAUUUACAAGCACGUGCCCGGCCAUGCGGUUACCUCACGUUUACUCCUUGCGCUCCCCCUCCCCCUCACGCUUCUCAGGCAGCAGCAGCCUGUCACUCACACGGUCACAGAGACAGCGCUGUGUAUCUACAACUUGUGUCAAAAAUCAGAACAUUGCAACAUGACGUGUUUGGUUUAAUUGCCUUAAGUGACACUGCACGUCCUGCUAUGUGACUAUUGCGCAUGCACACAUCACAACGACGAUGCUUAAACAAUAUAUCGUGCAGCCCUUUUUGACAUGCAGACAAAAUGCAUCAGUAGAGUUAAAUUUCAUUCACAUGCAGCAGCACUGUGCAGCUCAGGCUGGAUUUUAGCCUGAAGUCACUUGGUGUUUCAAUGAUGGAUUCUGGUCCAUUUGAGACUGAUGAGGGCUGGGUCAUGUAUUGAAGCAGCAGUGUUUACAUGCUGCACUGUUAUGCAUACACCCUCUUGGAGUUGGACUGUAGAAUAUAUUGAUUAAUAAUAUAAUAAUCACAGUACGUGUACACCCCCGCUUAUUAAACACACAUGUGCAUUUCAAGACGCGAAAAACAUAAUUUUUGCACCCUCACCAUACCAAAGACCAGUGCACUAUAGAUCAAUUAAAUAGGGCCCCUAACAUAUAUAAUGAUUCACCAAAAUAUAUUUAAUAUAUUUUGCUGGAACUGACCGUCCACAACUUUUUUUUUGACAAUUUUCUGUUGUAUAAUUUAAGUUGCUGAAUUCUGUUUGAUUUUUAUAUUUCAGUAUAUAUAUCUCAUAUAUCACAACAAAAUAAUGCAAUAUCUGAGUUUUGUUCCCAAUAUCGUGCAGCCCUACUCUCUGCUCUUGACACUGUGAAUCACAGUACUGUAUAAAGUUAUGUAUUUCAGUAAAUGGUAAAAGUUGUAUGUAAUGAAUUGAAUACAGAAGUUGUCACUGGGAUCAGCACAGACUGCUUUGUAGGAGUUUUCCCAAAAAGUUGUGGGGAAGAGCACAUCCUGUGGAAAUACCAUCUGGAAUCACGCAGACAUCUGCUUCUGUUGCUCCAUCAUGUUACAUUAUGACGAUAUCUCAUGCUAUAUUUAGUUUAUAGUUGGCACUUCUUGUUUUGGAGGCAGUUGAGUCUGUCACAUGGGGCUUGUUUAAUUAAGCUCUACAGAGAUGUACAUUUUAUUAACAGAGCAAUAAAUAAAACUGAGAAGAUGAGAA